UAGGUAACAAGCAAAUGUCCUUUCCCCCUCUAAAAUCUCAUAACUAUCUUCCGAAAAUGUGCAGUAGAAAAGUUGGACCUUGAGGUCACCAAUGUCAAACUGGAGUGUUGACCUACAUUAUUCAGUGUAACAAUGAAGACUUGCACUGGGGGAAUCUUUGUCUUCCUUUCUUCCAAUUAUUACAAGUACAUUUUGGGCUGAGGUUAUUUUUGACAAUGCUCUUGUUUAGAGGACAUCAGCAAGGAUUUUUUUUGGGGGGGAGUGAUAAAAGUGAGGAACAGAAGUCAGCAGAGAAACUUAAAAACAAGGGAAUGUGGGUGAUGUUGGAAAAGCCCAGGAUGAGAGAGCUCUCCGAAGAUUCUGGGGACAUCCCACUUCACGUGGGUUGUCGAAGAACUGACUUUACCAAAAUGCUCUGCGCUGGUUUCUUUUUCCCUCAGGAGAAAAAGGGGAAAUUGCAAGCUAGUCACUCUACAUCAUUAUUAAGCCCUUCCCCGAAACUAGCAAGAAGAUCACCAAACAGAAGGUUCUCAGGGAUGGAGUGCUGGACCAGACAUUGCCUCUUCAGACAGACAGGCGGAUACCCCACUAAUCCAAGAACCUCCAAAUGCAUCUGCGUGGUACAAGCCUCCUUCUCCACAUUGUACUCAGUUCUUACUUCCAUGCUGCCUUCUCUGUGCGGCUCCAGGAAGAGAAGGGGUUCGGGUAUGAGGCAACCCUGGCACGUCAGAAGAAGUUGCAAAAAGAAUUUGGCAGCAGCUUAAAACUCUCACGGCACCUUCUCCAGAACACAAAGACCCUUACGCAUCUCUACCACUCUCACUAUCUGCCUGGAGUUCGGUUUGAUCUUCUGCCACACUCAGAACAGCUUCCCUCCGUCAGUCUGGAUCUCCGCACAUGGCUUUCUCUUCCAGAUGCCGCACGCCUGUCCAGGAUUUCCAAAAUGCUGCCAUUCUAUCAAGCGUUGGUCCAACAGCUGAGUGACCAUGAAGCAAUCAAAAAAUCCUCCAUAUUCGUUUCUCAGUUUGAUGAUCUCAGUUUAAACCUCCGAGACUUGAUUCAUCAUGUGAAUUACCAGAUCUCCCUUAUGGACCUGCCUGCUGAAUACCAGUCCAAAGCAACAAUCAGUCCCGCUCAGAUCCAUUGGUACCACAGUCAGUGGAAGAACCAUCAGAAAAUAUAUGUCAUCUUACGCUCACUGGAGAACUUUCUGUGCCGUGUCACACGGGAUUUUUUGAUGCUCAAGAUUAGGGUGGCUAAAGGAACGUCUUUCCCCCAGGAUACCAGGACUUCCACAUCUCAGCCACUCUGACCCCUCCUUCCAGCCAGCUAGAAAGUGCUGACAUCUGGCAUCCAGAUGUCUGCAUUCUCCUAAUAAUUUAUUGACAUAACCUAUUGUUUAUCUAAAAUUAUCUAAUUUAUACAUAUUUAUUUUUUCUACAAA